CUUAUGAAUGACUAGUGACUAUUUCUUCAAUUUUUGUUUACGACCCUAUGGAAGUGGGUUUAUGAUGGUGAUUACUUCACCUAUGACUUGUUCCCAGAACACAAAAGGCUGCAAUUGUGGGAGUUGUUUAAGGUAAGAAUAAUUAUCAUUUCAUACAUAAUCCUUCCAUCCAACUUAAGAUCAAUGAAGAAAGGAUGGGGUGAUAAUAUGAAAGAUGAAUGGGAUAAGUGGCGUACAAACGAUGAGUAUAGGGGGAAGAAAAAUCGAGCUUCUGGGGAACGAGUUACGCACACUACAGGAUCAGAUACAUAUGUCAAUGAGUGCUUUGCUACAUAUAGCUCAAACUCAACAUCAUGGCCACCUCGAGACAAUGACGCUUGGGCAACUGCUGUUGGGGCAUGCCACAGCAAUUUCAUGCCAGGAAUCGGUUCACAGGCUUCUCUAUCGCAGCAAUUUGCUGCUUUUAGUGCUUACGGGAUGCGCCCGCCCAGUGCUACUCCAUCAUUGCCUCACACUAGGCAAGCAUUUCCUCCUGUAGGGACAUCAUUCCCUACUACUGGGCCAUCGUUUCAUGCUAGUAGGCCAUCAUUUCCUCAUGCAAUGCCAAUGCAAAUGCCAAUAGAACCUACAUUUCCCAUGGGCCAAAUGGGGAGACAGUCAGGAUCUCCAGGUACAUCUUCAGCCAAUCCCCCACAAGAUGAUUAUGGUUACCAACCGAGAUUUGAUGCAGACUACCAGGGUCCAUUUGGGAUGGAAUGAUCAGUGUGCAUGAGGUUGCGAACGCAAAACUUGGCAUGUUCUUGAUACUUGAGGAAAAUACUUUUAGUGUUUGGAAGGGUGAUUUGAACUUGUUAGGACAUGGGUGUAUAUGUCAGUUGAGAUUGAAUGGUUUGUGGUAAUAUUAACUGAAUUACUAUGGUUUGCAAGUUUAGAAUAUACAAAUGGUCAUGUU